UACAUAUAUAGUCUCAUUUUUAAAUACCAAGACUGAUACCGUGCGGGAUUCUGUGGUUUCAAAGAACUAUAGCUUUGUUCUAAGGAUUUUCAAGUAAUAAAUGGAUUACAAGUGAUUACUUAAGUUUGCUUAUGGAUGACUUUUUCUUUCGAGAACUCAGAAGAUCCAAGAAGCUACCUUAAAAUUGAUGAGUCAGACAGAAAGUUUGGUUAUGUAGAUUGAAAAAUAAAUUCCUUUCAGAAGAAUACGGUUAUCAUUAUUAAGUAAAGAUGGGUGUGACAAAUGUCUGUGAGUUAUGUGUCAACAUGAUGUGCCACCAACGUGCUCUGCAUCACAUAAUCAUCUCCCAAUAACAAUCAGAGAGUGGAACAGCAUGAAGAAAUUGCUGAUCGGGUAUUCAGCAUGUGUAGUCUACUGGCCAUUCUCCCAAUCUGUGCUGUCUUCGUGAGCCUUCUCAUUUUCGUCUUUCAGUUCAUCGUUCUGCCUUCAGACGAAUGGGGACAUUUUUAUUCCAGGAGAAUUAGAGGUAUACGGGAAGAGAGUGGUCACUUUGGCUUAUGGCGACUCUGCUCAACAACCCGUGGCACCGAAUCUUGUGUCCACCCAGAUGACAGUCCUCUCCAACUGCCCACGCAUGCAGCUUGGGCAGGUGCCCUUUCUCUUAUUCAUCUAUUCCUGAUAGCUUCCUUUGUAGUGUUGGCCAUCAUUCGCGUCAUCCAGGUAUUCAAAGACACGCCAGAUCUCUACCUGGGUACAAAAAGACUUUGCGUAGUCAAAGUUGGAGUCGCUCUCACAUGCGUUGUUAUUGCGAUAUCUGUUUCCAUUCUAGCAAGUGUUGGAGAUGGAACCUUUCGGCAAUUUAACGUCUAUAAAGGAUGGGCAUUUUGGAUUCAGAUUGUCAUAGUUUCUGUGGACAUCGUGAUGCUGCUGGUGUGUGCUUUCGAAAAUAUUCAAUAUUGGCAGAUAAGAAUGGUGGAACCUCCUCAACCUGAUCCUACCGACGUUUACCCUGAAACAUUCAUAUCUCCCGACUAUGAAACAUUUGAAGAACCCCGAAAAGUAGUUUACGUCAAAGAUGCAAGUGUCCAAUCAGGAGACAGCUAUUUACAGGUGCCAGAUUACCACGCAAGGAAAAAUCAGAGAAUGUUUGAGGAUACAGACAAUCGGGGAAAGACUGUCAUUGUGAUACAAGAUAGUCCACAUCCACGCAAGAAAACAGUACGCCCCACCCAAGUGAUAUGAAUACUCAGUAUUUAAGAAUCUCAUACCUUUAAUGUUAAUAAAAUAUUUACAGAAGAAAUAUCAAUCAGCCUUCAAAUGUGAAUGUUGAUCAUCAUUAAAACCUCAUUUUUGAAUCUU